CACAAGAGGAACCUGAAGUUGUGACAGCUACGACGUGUUGUUUGUAAAUAGUAAUUUGUAAAUGUGGAGACGAAAAUUGUAUGUCUUUGCAGCCGAUAACUUGAUUAAUCACCCGUCUUCUUUUUCCGAACGAAAACGUCUUGUACGAAGAAAAUCAAGGUAUUUUCAGAUAUGAAUGGCAAACAAGCAGCUGCACUUUCAACUCGGGCAGAAAAAGAGAACAGGGUGUUGAGGGGACCACCUCAUGCUGUGCCCCAGACACAACGAGUGUGCCACUUCUACUCACAGGGCAGGCACUGUAAUUUUGGCAAGAAGUGCCGUUUCCUGCAUCAAAGAGGUGAGGAAGCCAAGCAGGCCCUGAGCACCCUGGAGAACAACCCCCUAAGUGGGGCAGACGGGGGGCAGGCGGAGGGCCAGGAGCCAGCAUGUCCGUCGUCUGUGUCAGACACACGGGAGACGACCAGACAAAAGACCUGCCAGCCCUCACCUGCAUCCAGGACCAGCCAGCCCAGAGAGCGUGCCAGUCGCCCAUGCCGCUACUUCCUCUCUGGGUUCUGUGCCAUGGAGGACAGGUGCCGCUUUGUGCACCCUCAGCAGUUCCCGCCCGUUGGAGACCGACCAGGUCCUACUGGGGCAAAUGGUGCCAGGGCGAGGACUCCCGUUGCCAGGCCGCACCAGGUGCAGCAGGAGGUCAAGCUGAGCGAGCUAACUGAGGAGGUCACUAAGCAGCUACGUGCCACGGAAAUUAACCAGCUGACCAAGCGGUUCCCUAAAGACAGGCUGAUUGUACAAGAGCGAGAGGAUGGCAAAGUCACAUACUACCGGGUCACAGUGCAGCCCACUGAUCCUGACUGGCCUUUUGAUUUGAAGGAUUUGGAUGUCAUGGUUUGCUUUCCAGACAGUUAUCCUCAAGAGGUGUUCACAGUGGACAUCCCAAAAGACCAAGACCUGCCUUCGGUAAUGGGAAGACACAUUCAGCAGGCGUCCACGGAGUGGCUGCAAGCCAAGUAUGCCACCAACCAGCUGAUGGGCAAAGUGGAGCUGCUCUUCAGGCCCUUCCUGCGCUGGUUGGACCGCAGCAUGGAGCGCCUCUUCACCGAGGGAGCCAGGAAGUUCAAGAAGGACAUUGAGGCAGAGAGGGCUGGGAUCCAGUUUGUGCCCUACCAGCAGCUACAGGCUGCAGUGUGCAAAGACUCCACUUCUGGCCUCUCCCCGGUUGCCUCUGAUACCUCAGCUCCAGCUCCGGUACCCUCUGGGACUGCCAGCAGUCUGGAGGGUGGAGGAAUUGAGCAGGAGAGGCAAGAGGAGGGCGAAGAGGCCCAGGCUGAAUUAGAGAGCGAUGUUGAGGGGGAAGAUGAGGAGGAGGAGGAGGAGGAGGUAGAGGGGGAGGAGGGUGGCAGCCGAAGGGUGGAGAACAUGAAGAGUGGCGAGCGGCGCAGGGGCACAGAGGUCAAACUGCUGGGCUUACAGCUUGGCGAGGGCACUGCAACCUUGGUGGCCAGACGGGUCACUGUGUCGCUGCAGUGCAGUAGGUGUAAGGUGGCGUCGGACCUGACCGUGAAUGGGGGGCUGGGGUGCACGGCUCAGUGUGAGAAGUGUGGCGCAGACAUCAGCGCAGCCUUCCGCCCCGGCAUGCUGCACCAGUACAGCGACGUGCUGGGAUACCUGGACCUGAGUGGAGUGGUGCCCAUGGACCUGGUGCUGCAGGAGUCUGAGCUGGUGGUGGGAUGCUUAGGCUGCUCCCAGGAGGAUGCACUGGAGAACUUGGCAUAUGGGCAGAACAAGGAGACCAACUGCCAGCAUUGUCACAGCAAACUCAGCAUCUUUGUGGACAGCACCCGAUUCCAGCUCAUCCAGCCUCAUUCUAGAAAGCAGACAGGGCAUGGUGAGUCAACAACACAUCCUCUCCGACAUAGACACCCUGACAUCCAGGGAGGGAAGCCCCUGCCAGACAAAGGGGCCUGCAGACACUACAAACAGAGUCAUCGCUGGCUUAGGUUCCCUUGCUGUGGUCGAGUCUACCCAUGUGACGUGUGUCACGAUGAGGAUCAGGAUCACCCCAUGGAGCUGGCCACCAGGAUGGUCUGCGGCCACUGUGCCAAAGAACAGCCCUUCAGUAAUGGUAAGCCAUGUGUAAACUGCGGCGGUAUGAUGACAAGGUCAGCUCACAGCAUUCAUUGGGAGGGAGGUCUAGGUUGCAGGAGCAAAGUCAAAAUGAGCAGGAAUGAUCGGCAUAAGUAUGCAAACACAAAUAAAACCAUAUCCAGGAAAUCAACCAACAAGAACUGACAUAUUCAAGAUUCAACAUCAGCACUGGAGUCGAUGGCUGGGUUUUAUUUUGCACUGAACCAUUAUAAAAGACUAUUUUUUUUUGACAAUAAAUCAUAACUUCACCACUUGUGUGAAGACAAUCAGA